AUGACAAUUCGACAUUUAAAAAUAAUAAAUAAAAUAUGGCAUGAUAAAUGUAAUAGAGAUUUUCACUGUGUUGAAUUUGUAUUUUAUAAUAAUACAUUAUUUGAAAGAUUUUUUUCUAAUCAUUCUUAUAUUGUAAAUAAUUUAUUUAAAAUAUCAAUUAAUUCAAAAAUUUAUAAUACAUUAUAUAUUAAAAUAACUCAUGAUAAUUUUAAUGAAUUAAAUUUAACUUAUAUACAAUCAUUCAUAAAACCGAAUGGAAUAGAUUAUUCUUAUUUAUUUUUUAUUUUAUCUAAUUAUAGAAAACAAAUUCUAUUAGAUUUAGAAACAGAUCUUUUUAAAAUAUCUUUAAAUGGUAUUGAAAUACAAUUAUAUUGUGAUAAUAAUACUAAAAAUACUUAUUAUGUCAGUCGAUAUAAAAUGUCUCCAAUUAGUUCAAAUAAUUGUGUAAUAAUUCAAUCGAAUAAUAAAAAAAAAUUUUCUACCGAAAUGAUUACUAUUAAAUCUUCUACUAUAAUACAUACAUCAAUAAAAACUCGUGUAACUAAAACAAAUCUAUUUCUUUUUAUUGGUGGUUUAAUAGUAUUUUCAAUAUCAAUAUUAUGUUUAUGUUUAACUGUAUAUUUGAAAUAUCAUAAAUGGAAAAAUAACGAUAAUUAUAAUCAACGAUCAAGUAUUGUUUCAAGUAUAUUUAGUACAACAGAUUCAUUAGAUAGUCAAAAAUAUGAUAUGUCUUUUUCUGAACAAAAAAAACAAGAUCAAUUAUUAAAACAAUCAGGUCAACGUGGAUUUUAUGUACUUAAUAAUGAUUUAUAA